UUUGGGAUUGGUAUCUCAUGAAAUAUCGCUUAUCCUGGGAACUAGUAAUGAUUCAUUUUCUAUGCUAUCUGCAAAUCAAGUCAUAUCGAAACAACGAAUAAAAGCUUUAAACCAGCAGCUGCCGUUGGACAUUGGUAGGCUUCCUGGCAAGGUUGUUGACGGUGAUCAUCGUGCUAAAAUGACAGCAGCUCAAUGGAAACAUUUCAUUGUUAUAUAUGCCAGGGCAUGCUUCAUAAAACUUGUUCUACCUACUGUUUACACAAGUCUUCGACUGCUAGCAGAAGUAGUCGAGCUUUUAAUAGAUGAUUCACCUACACAAGAAAUCAUUGAUCUGAUAGAAGUUAAAAUACAACGUCAUCAUGAGGCCUAUUGUAAGGCCUAUGGGAAAUGGAAUGUCACUGUUAACUAUCACAUGGCAUUACACACGGCAGAUUGUCUGAAUGACUUUGGACCUGCAAACAAUUUUUGGUUGUUUGCUUAUGAACGUGAGAAUGCUGUUGUUGGCAAUGCUCCGACUAAUGGAAUAUCAAUUGAAGGGCAGUUAUUUAGAAGAUAUCAUGUGCAAUAUCAGCUGGAGAGCUCUUUCAUCGAUCCUGUGGAUCUGCCACAGCUACCUUCAAUUCCUGCUGAUCUGUAUGCUCUUUAUGAAAGUUGGACUGAUAUAGUGACGAACUUGGAUUUUGGCAGGUGGCUGCCUAGUAGAUUACAAUUAGCCGCAUCUACUAGAAUUACUAAUGCUGAAGGAGAAGACCUUAUGCGCGUGCAGCUAAUGUUAGAUGCCGAUGAAGAUGAUGAUUCAAUGAACUCUUGGCCAGUUAGUCUUUGUCACCCAGCUAGAAAAAUUUUACUUUGGCAGAUAAUGUACAGGCUUUGCUUGUCAAACACUUUCAGCAAGUUUAUGGUGACAAGUUAGUCUGUGUUGCCAGGAAGAUUGACUUGUUUGCACGAUGUAUGGUCAAUGGAUGUGUCUUUAGUUCAGAGAUGAACAGAACAAAUCGAACAAAUGCCGUUCUAGUGUACUGGACAAUCCUCGAUGACCAAGAUCAGUUUGUAACGAAGCCAUACAUUGGCAAUGUUUUGUUUUUUCUUCAAGCACUUGUUUAUAUUAGAGAAUCUGGAACAGACGAGAUCAAACUGUUACGCCAUACCCUUGCCAGAGUGGAGUGGAUCAAGCCAAGUUCAACUUCAGUUGAUUUUGAUUCAGGCUUGCUUUCCCUGCAAAGGAGAAACUACAGUGAAAGUCACUUUCCUUUUAUUACUCCACGAAGGCUAAUAUGCAAAUGUGCUCUAAUUGAUAUUAGUCAAAAACGUUUGGUUGUGCAAAUUCCUGUUAGUUUAUAAUGUUGUAUUUGUACAUGGUAUAGACUUAUUAAUUAACUAUUAUUGUAAUUGGAAAUUGUAGACAUUUGUAAUAUUCUAACCCUAGCUACUGACUUUCA